AUGGAAUCUGAAAGUUUUGAUCUUGUUGAAUCAAAUUCUUUCGACAUGACAAAUGAACGUCAACCACUUCUUUUGGGAAAUGACACGGAACAAACCGUCCCAGCAAGGCCUGAUGUUCGUAAUUCCCCGGAAAAUGUCAUUGUCGAUGGAUCGGACGACUUCAAAAGUCCAGACGAUGACUAUGAGCCGUAUAAAAAUCGUAAUUUGGAGCAUCCAACAAGUAAUUUAGAAACUUUAAUUUUACUGAUUAAAGGGAACGUGGGGACAGGUAUAUUGGCCAUGCCCGAUGCAUUUAGAAAUUCUGGCUUAUAUAUUGGAUUGGUCUCAACAUUGUUCUUAGGAUUUGUGUGCACACAUUGCAUGCACAUUUUAGUGAAAUGUUCCCAUGAGCUGUGUCGUCGAUUACAAGUACCGUCACUAAAUUUUUCUGGCGUUUGUCAUGCGAGCUUUGAAACUGGCCCUGAGAGUCUACGAAAAUAUUCUACACAUGCAAGAAAUUUAAUCAACAUUUUUUUGAUUAUAACUCAAAUUGGAUUUUGUUGCGUAUACUUUGUCUUUGUUGCCGUUAAUCUUCAAGAAAUAGUGGCAUAUUAUUGGAUGAAAAUCGACACUCAUGUCUUUCUCAUUCUACUUUUGAUACCAUUAAUUAUGGUGAAUCUAAUAAAGACUUUAAAGUAUUUAACUCCACUUUCAUUUAUUGCAACAAUUUUGACAAUUACCGGCCUAGUCAUCUGUUUUUACUACAUGCUACAAGACAUUCCAGAGCUUGGAAGUGUUAGACCAUAUGCAACUUGGGCUCAACUUCCACUAUUUUUUGGAACUGCUAUUUAUGCUUUUGAAGGAAUCGGUGUUGUCCUUCCGCUUGAAAACAAUUUAAAAUCUCCAGAAGACUUUGCAAGCUGUGCAGGAGUGCUCAACAGUGGCAUGACAAUAGUUGCAAUUUUAUAUACAUCUGUUGGAUUUUUCGGCUACUUAAAGUAUGGUGACAAUGCAAAAGGAUCAAUAACUUUAAACCUUGGAGACAGUUUGUUGGCGCAACUAGUACGUUUAAUGAUGGCAAUCGCAAUUUUUCUCAGCUAUACAAUACAAUUUUAUGUUCCUGUUAACAUAAUUGGGUCAUGGUUACGGUCUCAAUUGCAUGGAGAUCAUGUCAGACGAUUUGCUGAUUAUGGAUUGAGAAUUGCAUUAGUAUUACUUACAUUCAUACUUGCUGCGAUGAUUCCUAAUCUUGGCGCAGUCAUAUCUUUAGUUGGAGCAGUUUCUUCAUCUGCUUUGGCUUUGAUUUUCCCGCCAAUAAUUGAGAUGAUCACUUUUUGGCCAAACAAACUAGGAAAGUAUAAUUGGAUUUUAUGGAAAGACAUUGUGAUAGUAAUUUUUGGAAUAAUGGGUUUCGUUUUUGGAACCUUUACUAGCGUACUCCAAAUAUUGCAUCCGAAUCAAGAUGAUAAGUAA